AUGUUGGUAACCUGCCGCCCUAGUGACUCGCUCUCUAUGCACUGGGAUUUCCAUGGUGAGGUUGCUUCGACUCUUGUUUGUAAGGCCAGUGGCACUCCGGUCGCGCCUCUGACACCCGCUGAAUCCACCACUGGCACAGAGUAUGUGGCUCGAUCCGCGGAUGGCUCCGACUACAACAUUCUCUUCCUUACCAUGGGCAAGGCUGGGACACCCUACACUCGCACCGUUCCAGGACUGCGAGCUAUUUCCUCGACCAGUCUCCCUGAUGCCGACCAUGCCUUCGAUACUUCUUGUUUUCGAUACUUUAUUGCGUCGUGA